AUGACCAAAAUAGCACAAAAUGACCUUUUUCUGGAGGCUCUACAAAUGCCAAAAAUGGCCUCCAGAAUAAAAACCUUCUCAAGGCUCCAGCUUUCACUGAAAUUAGUCCAUACCAAGAGAAGUGUAACACAACUACAUAAUUUAAAAGAAUAUACAAAUACAUUUGAGGUACAAUAG